AGAAGAUACGGAGCACUGUAGGUUGUGUCAUUGCAGAACUGAAGUCGCCUGGAAGUAGAAAAUCAUUCUAGCUACCAAAACGAUUGGGAAUAGCGAAUUUAUUAUGGGCAGGUGGACGUUUUAGAGUACCAUAUUUCCCGUUCAUUAUAACGGGGUUAUGAUAGCUAGAGGGUGGUCUGUCAUCAAACGCACCGAGUGAUGGAAUAACGUUAGCUAGCAAACUCCAUUGCCAUUUAUUUCGCCUUCUACUGCGAUAGAAACCUCAUUCACAGUUGGCUUGGAAAGUUGCAUCAGACUGUCAAUAUACAUUUCGUAAGGAACGCGUAUACAGACUAGAAACUGCAAAACCAAGGUCCCACGUGGAGUUGACUGGCAUGCAGGCCUCUGCCUGUCGCUGAGGAACCAGACGCUGGGGCAGACGUUUGGUAGCCAUGGAGCCUUGUGCUGAGUCCCAGGUCCAGCUGGAACCGAACAGAACUUCGCCGCAUGCAGAGAUCAGAGACCACCCCGCUACAUCAACUGGCCUGAUGCCUGGCGAUGAUGCGCGCGACCUGACCCCGAGCAGGAUGAGUCAGCGGCACGGGAAGGAGGGGCUCCUGGUCCCCAGCAAAGACCUGCUCAACAGCCCCUCCCUCAGCCCUGGGGUCAGCUACAGCCAUGGUUUCGACAGGGGGAAGGAAGACAGCCUGCAGCUCAAAGAGGAGACCUCCAUUUCCAAGAGCAAGUCUGAGACCAAACUUUUCAAUGGGUCGGACAAGGACAUCUCGGCAGCGGGGAAACUGGCCAAGAAGGAAUCGCUCAAGGUCCAGAAGAAGAACUACAGGGAGGAGAAAAAGAGGGCCACGAAGGAGCUGCUCAGCACCAUCACCGACCCCUCCGUCAUCGUCAUGGCCGACUGGCUCAAGAUCCGGGGAACGCUGAAGAGCUGGACCAAGCUGUGGUGCGUGCUGAAGCCAGGCGUGCUGCUCAUCUACAAGACGCACAAGAACGGGCAGUGGGUGGGCACGGUGCUGCUCAACGCCUGUGAGCUCAUCGAGAGGCCCUCCAAGAAGGACGGCUUCUGCUUCAAGCUCUUCCACCCUCUGGAGCAGUCCAUCUGGGCCGUCAAGGGUCCCAAGGGCGAGGCAGUGGGCUCUAUCACACAGCCAUUACCCAGCAGCCACCUCAUCUUCCGCGCUACCUCCGAGUCCGACGGGCGGUGUUGGAUGGAUGCAUUGGAGUUGGCCCUGAAGUGCUCCGGUCUGCUGAAGCGCACCAUGAUCCGGGAGGGGAAGGAGGAGCUUGGCGUGACGGAGCCACACUCCCAAGUCAACUUCUACAGCCUUCUGCGUGCCAACAACCUGCAGGGCCCUGAAGGCUUCCAGUUUGUCGACGGCGACCAUUUUAAGGAGCCGGACCUGUACUCGGACAAGUCGGACCGGGAGAACGAGCCAGAGCACGAGGAGUCGGACAACGACGGUCCGGAUAAGAGCGAGGAGAGCGACAGCGACACGUCGGAGCGCCAGGACGACUCGUACGCCGACAUCGACCCCAACGAGACGCUGCACGAGACGCCCUACCUGGAGCAGUCCCAGGAGGAGCUGGGGGAGGCGGGGGAGGCCUCUCAGACAGAGACAGUCUCAGAGGAGAAUAAGUCUCUGAUCUGGACCCUGCUGAAGCAGGUGAGGCCCGGAAUGGACCUGUCCAAAGUGGUCCUGCCCACCUUCAUCUUGGAGCCCCGCUCCUUCCUUGACAAGCUGUCCGACUACUACUACCACGCCGACUUCCUGUCCGAGGCUGCAGUAGAGGAGAACCCCUACAACCGGAUGAAGAAGGUGGUGAAGUGGUACCUGUCUGGAUUUUACAAAAAGCCAAAGGGUCUAAAGAAGCCAUACAACCCCAUCAUCGGAGAGACCUUCCGCUGCAUGUGGCUGCACAGCAAGACCAGCAGCAAGACCUUCUACAUCUCCGAACAGGUAUCCCAUCAUCCUCCAGUGUCAGCCUUCUACGUGAGCAACAGAAAAGACGGCUUCUGCCUCAGCGGCAGCAUCCUGGCCAAGUCAAAGUUUUAUGGAAACUCGUUGUCGGCCAUACUGGACGGAGAAGCUCGACUAACAUUCCUAAACAGAGGAGAGGACUAUGUCAUGAACAUGCCAUAUGCUCACUGUAAAGGGAUCCUGUACGGCACCAUGACCCUGGAGCUGGCGGGACAGAUCACCAUCGCGUGCGAGAAGACGGGCUACAGCGCCCAGCUGGAGUUCAAACUGAAGCCAUUCUUAGGCAGCGAUGACAGUGUCAAUCAAAUCUUGGGGAAGAUCAAGCUGGGGAAAGAGGUUCUGGCCACACUGGAAGGCCACUGGGACAGCGAGAUCUUCAUCAACGAUAAGAAGACGGGCGUGGUGGAGACGUUCUGGGACCCCACGCCGGAGCUGAGGCAGAGCCGCCUGACCCGGUGCACCGUCCCCCCAGAGGAGCAGGGUGACUUCGAGUCCGAAAAGCUGUGGCAGCACGUUACCCGGGCCAUCAACAACAAGGACCAGACGGAGGCCACCAACGAGAAGUUCAUCCUGGAGGAGGCCCAGAGGAAGUCCGCCCGCGAGCGGAAGGCUAAGUGCGAGGACUGGACCCCGGGGCUGUUCGAGCAGGACCCCAUCAGUGGGGAGUGGCACUACCGAUACGCAGACACACGCCCGUGGGACCCGCUGAACGAUAUGGUUCAGUUCGAGAAGGACGGCUGCAUCCAGACCCAGGUCCGCCACCGCACCCCGAUGGUACGUUCUGGCAGUGUAAUUAGUCUCAGUAACCAGGGUCCCCGGAGGGACAAUUGCAAACGGCAGGUCACCGUGCCCAAGAGGAAGCACAAGCAGAGCGACAAACCCCAGAGCCCAGAGAGCGGCUGCUCCUCCCCCGAACUGGACCGCCACGACUCCUCCGGCAGCGAGAGACAUAAAACCAAGCACAGCAGCCGCGUGAGGAAAAAGGGCACGGACCUCAGCGAGCUUCAGAGUGCCAUCGAGUCCAUCAAGCAAACGCAGGAGGAGAUCAACAGGAGCAUCGCAGUGCUGCGUAGCCGGGCGGCCAUUUCUCAGCCGCUAUCGGAGGGAGGGGCCCUGCAGCAGCGGGACUACAUCGUCAUCGCCCUCCUCGUCUUCGUCCAGAUCCUCAUCAACUUCCUCUUCAAGUAGGGCCCCGCAGGGCCGGGGGGAGGGGUGCGUUAACGUGGCCCUGGGACCUCAACUCCUCCUCUACCCUCCCACGGAUUCACAGAGACUCAAAAACUCAAAAACUCUGCAGGAUUGCAGACAUUCCCUCCCUCGAGACUUAAACGUCCUGGUCGAUUAACAUUUCAUUUUGACGCUGUAACGGCGUCCGAAACAUGCAUUUCGGUAGCUAACUGCCAGUACUUGGAGGCUUGGCGUCGUGACACGGACAGGUGAACCCUCAAACUGCAGGUGUGCGGGACCGGAUGGAAACACCGGUCACCGUAGAACAGAUUCUCUGAGUGUUCUCGUCUGGGCACACUGGUUGGACCCCUGCACAAACAGGACAUCUCUCUCUCUCUCUCUCUCUCUCUCUUUUAAUGAAAACCUGCUUCCGUUUGUCUUCUUCUUUUCACUGCUGGAGGACUGUGCUCACGUGGCCCUUCGUGGAGUAAACCUACAGUCAGAAGGAAGGGCAGUGGGAACGGUGGAAAAUGGACUCACUCCAGUGCAUUUUGUGUUUUCUAUGAUUUGAUACGACUUGAUUUAUUUUAUGAAGGUAAAUGUGAAGAAAGUGUAAAUACAAUGGGGAAACUGCUUUUACUUUGUAACGGAAAGUAUGAAUAUAAUUUGGAUAAAAAUAAUGAUUCGGAAAACAAUGCCUAAUUUCAGCAUAGUUGUAGUAUGAAAAGAGCAGGUCAUUGAUUGUUACUGUUUGGUCAAUAUAUACAAUAUAUAGACUACUGGUAAUAUAUCUUUUAAAUGUUUACUGUCAAUAGUGACACUUGCUAAGUCAGUAGAAGAAUCUUUGAUUUUUAAUGGUAGUGGCUACUUACAGUUGUUCAAUGCUCUGAAAUUAUUUUAAAAAACAAUUGUCAAAUAUGAUUUGUAGAUGGGUACAAUAGCACACCAACUGUAAAUAGCCUUCGGAGUGGUACUGUACCAGGAGUUAUAAUUUUAAUAAUUGUACAGAAUUCUCUGUAACGGUCACCCUCUUACUUUCCCUAAGUGGCUGUGGACCUCAAUGUGUCUCAUUUGUCUCGAACCUCUUAGCUCAUUACGGAAAGCCAGACCUUAGAAUGUGGUCACAAAAAAGUGUAUAACAGUGCCUUGUGGGGUGUGGAAUUGGACGGACGGGUCGGACGGACGAAGGGGGACACGGCGGAGGUCGCUUUCCUUAACCGCACUUUCGUGGAGCGGAUGUGCCAUACCCAGCCUUGGAGCCUCCCGCUACGUCGCUCUGGCUUCCGGUCCUCUCCGUGCUCCCAGCCGAUUCAGCAGGCGUCCUGAUCCAUGGAUCGCCCUGUGUGACAAAACCCGACUAGCGGGGAAGGGUCAUCCGGAUUAUGUAAAGAUCGGCGAAUUUGCGCCGAGUCUGUGUGGUGCCCUUCCCGAAAAAAUACUUGGUCCUCUGUCUCCCUCUCGAGCUGAGUUACUGCCGCCACGGCCUCUUUUUAUUUUAUAUUCUAGUCUGUCGUCGUCCUUUGUCCAAGAAAGCAGAAAUGCGGGGAAAACCCCCGUUGUCCGUUUGUCACUGUCGUUUUAUGUUGAUUUGCAUUUUAUACGUUGCACAUUAUGCUCCUAGAAUCCACUCCUUGUUUUUAAAAACCCGUUUAUAUAUCAUUUGAAAUUAUGUUUUGUUGACUGCAAUAGUAAAGAGGGACCAUCCAUUUCACCUAAAUGUUGGACCCUCGUCUUUCCGCACGAUCUGUGUUUGUACGAUAAAAAAACUUCUAAGUUCACUGUUGCUUUUAACAUAUCACCAAAUAAACGCUGGCGUCUGUGUUAUCAUCACAACGUAUCCCGUUUGUGUCAUUUGAAUGGCUCGUCCACGUCACUCAUCCAUUCUAACAUUACUUUUGCCACGUAUGUUUCAUGUAGCCAAAUAAUAUGUCAAUGUGGUGGAGUGUAUUUGUCAAGCACACUUAGACAAUGAGUCUGUAGAUUAAUUUUCAAUAAAUUCUAGUGAAAUAUA